UCCUCCAACUGACCAUGCUUAUAAAGAGGAACACACAUGAGGCUCAAAGGAACUUGAUUUUUUUUUCUCCUCUGAGACGAAAAACAGUUAUCCACAGCCAAGAUGAGACUGUACCUUGCCGUUGCCAUGCUGAUGCUGGCUUUCGUGGCAUACACAGAGGCUCAGGAGGAAACCGUCGAGCAGAGAUUCGCCAAGUUUGGAGAUCAGAUGUCUGAGUUUGGCAGGACCCUGGCAGAGAAGGCCAAGAGCACCUUUCAAGACAUCCAAACCAGCGAUUUUAUCACCAGCUCCAGGGACUGGUUCAGCCAGCAGUUGGAGAAGUUAAAGUCCAAGUAGACAAGUUCCUGUCCCCAGCCUGCGAUCGGCCCUGUGCCCGCUGACCUCUUCGUUCUCCCCGACAUGUUGGACGACUGAACCAUUUCUCUGCACACCAACCACACUAAAUGGACACAUUGCCUUUUUGUGAAACGAUUUUCCAGUUUAAUAUUUUUGGAGGAAAAAAAGUGCAAUUACGACAUCAAUUUUUUUUUUUUUAAAUUCCUUGUUACCAUCAGUAUUUCAUGUAAGAAAUAGAAGUUCUGUACAAGAUAAAGGCGUCUGGAAGAGUCUGUUAAAUAUGUGUGAUAUAAUUAAAUAAACAGUUCUGGUCUGUAA